AUGCUAUUUACAAAGCUGACGAGGCUUUGGGAUAAUCAAGGCAUUAUCGUCGACCAAAGCGCCAACUAUAAAGUCUUGGUGGAGGGAGAAGAGUUGACAAGAGGAGCCCCGAGACUUACUAAAGUACACAUCCCUGGGGGAAUUUCGACCACCACUUUAGGGAAAUGGAGGUCGGCUAUGCCUACAGUCACCCAGCCCGUCUGUACUGGACUUCAUAUCGUCUUCAGAGACGACGACGAAUGCUACGUUACACAGACUGAGGAGUAA